CCUCCUCAGAGCAAACUCGGGAUGGAAAAUAUUGACUCGGGUCCAUCUUCUGAACUUUUCUGCUGUGUUUUUCAGGUUUGUACACUGCGAAAUCCACAAAGUUAUACCCUACAUCUAAACAAUGACAAACUAAACAUACCGUGAGUUUGAAGUGACUUGAGCGAGUUAUAUGGACUUAGAAAGAGCUCGAAAUAGCGCCGCCUCUCGGUGCGGGAAGCGAUCCUACAACCUGUGCAGAUUAUAACCAUAUACAGUCUUUGAUUAAAACACGAACAUCCUCCGAUAGUUGAGUUCAGUGUUAGCAUGAAGCAAAGCAGUGGAUUAAAACAGUAUUAAACAGUAUAAAAACUCAGUAUUAACUUUUGAAAAGUUUCAUUCUGCCUUUAAUAGGGUAUUUAAUGAAUGUUAAACAGGGGAGAAACCGUAUGAAGUAGACUUCAUUAAAGAAACAUAUGGACACUCUCACUGUGGACAUUCAAACAGAGAUAUUCUUGCAUAGAGGAAAGUUUGAUAUGGUUUUAUGUGUGUUUUUGGUUCCGUGAUAAAGAGCAAAUUCGGGAAGGAAAAUGAAUGGAUUGGGUCUCCAUCUUCUGAACUUUUUGACUGUGUUUUUCAGAUUUAGAGGCACUGAGCCGAAAAUCAAUUGUUACUGUAAAACUUAGCUGUGAAACCUGUAACAGAAACAACCAUGAAAACAACCAUCAUUAAUCUGAUGUUUAGAUCAGUCAUCCAAUAAAAAUUAAUCCAAUAAAAUACAUGCUUUUUGAUGAGAUUUUAAAUUUAUUGCAUUUAUGAAGUUUUCUUUAGAAAUAUUGCAUAACCAGAUUAAUUGACUCAGUCUGUACAUGUUCACUUUUAAUUCAUAGAUGAUUAAGUGCUUAUGUGACCAUUAUUUUACUACAUUUCUUCAUUCUCUAAAUACUUUUUUUCACACAGACUUUUAUUGUUUUGUUUCUCAGGCUCUUCUAUAUUCGUGAGUCUCUCUCUCUCUCUCUCUCUCUCUCUCAGUCAGCCUAUCUGUUUGCUUGCCUGCUUGUAGAGGGGCACACAGAGAAGAAGACAAAUCAACAUUUGAGUUAUGUUUGCCAUUUAUGCAAUAUAUACAUUUUCCCCUCUCAUAUGGUCUCUACUGGCUGAGUUAUGCGCAUUUUACUGCUCCUCAAAAGUGUUCAGUUAUCAAUGGACUUGUAUCGAUCUAAAGUUUCAUUGUGUAUAGAUAUUAUUUGUCUAAGUUAGCUGAGAAGUAUAUUUAUUCAAGACAUUCUCUGUUUCUACACACAGAAAAAGUGUCUCAUUCUUGUUUCACAGUCAAACCCUCAGAUAUGCUGUGCGCAGGCCCGGAUUAAACCUUCUGUGGCCCCUGAGGCUAAGCAAACCUAAUGGCCCCCCUCUGUCCCGCGCGCGCAAAAAAUUGGCAGUUUUUAUUGGUCAUUUUGUGGAAAUUACUGCAGUUAUGGGUGGUUAUUCAAUGGUUCCACUAGCCACCACCUCUAGCCAAACCACUGGGUUAAUACAACUGUGUGUCUGAACUCAAUUCAACAAGAGGUAGUGAAAAAGUCUUCAAGGAAAGCACAGAGGCUGGUGUACAGUUCACUUUUUUACUGUAGAAAACCUCAGGCAUUUUAAAUUAUAAGUAUAUAGCAAGCAUUAUAAAUAAAAGUUUAAGGCGUGAUAUGAAGGCCUGUUAUGGUUAUACAAUUUGUUUUUUAAAGGAUUGCUACACUGAGAUUUUUAUUAUUUUUAUAUUUGUUCUACAUUUGUCUGCGUUUGUGUUUUGAUCUUUAUUUUCGUAUUCUGUAGGGACUGAUAAAUGUCAGAGGUUUUGACACUGUGAUACUUGAAUAAAUGUUUUAUACUAUAUUUUGAAUUAAUUCAGUCCUUUUGUGCAUUUAUUUUUGUCUUGUUACAUUUUUUCCAUUAUUCCAAUUUUGGGGAGCGUGGUAGCAAUUUGACUGACUUUCAGCCAUUUAGGGCCAUGAUGUGCUGUUUAUAUUUUAUUGCUUUUAUUACACAGUAGGUUGUGUCAUUUUUAUGUAUGAAACAUAAGCUUUUAGCUAAAUAUACUGUAUAUAUUUCAUUGUGCUGGGUGCAAAUCACUUGAGUUGAGACGUUUUCUUCAAGAAAUUUGCUACAUUUCAUAAUCUGAAUUCACUUAUGCGUAUUCUAAGGCACCAAUAACUGUUUCAGAUGUUAGGUAGAUGUAUUUAUGACAUUUGAGAAAGAUUUUGUUUUGCCAGAAUCAACAUAGCAGUUUCUACAAGCAAAAACAGCAGUACCAUAUAAUCGUUUUUUGUGUUACUCACACAUAUGUACAUUUCUGGCUGGUCUUUUGUCUCACCCUGUAGAGAAAGCCACUUUCUAAUACUAGUUCUGUAAGUUUCCCAACGUGUCCUCGUAAAGUCGAGAACGUCUUCACUCUGGACAGAUGAUAGAUGCAUAUAGCAUCGUUUCGUUCCUUUUUGAUGCACUUUUGAAGGCUGUUUUCUUUUGUUCCUUUUCUUUUCUUCCUCCUCGCUUGUCUCGCUGGUAAACGCGUUCGUCGCCAUGUUUGUGUAUUUCUGAUACUAUGGCAACGAGACUCGGCUCCUAUUGGUCCACGUGACAAAAAUCGCUUCACCCCUCUGCAUAUUCGAUUGCGCGUGUGCAAGUAUCACUGCGCCGCAGAAAGGAAAUAGUUCGAUACCGAAACACUGAUUACUAAAAAUCGACUGGAUGGCAUGAGUAGAUAUUUUUUUUUAGUACUAACUAUCAAUAGAGCUAUUUUAUGAAUCACAGUUUAUGUUGCCCCACUGAAGUGGAACGAGAUUCACUUUCUAGGCACUUUUUCCUCUGUCCCAAUACAGCCUAAUCCUCCUCACACCGGGCGCAGCUCAUCAGCGUCAUAGCGGCUUCUGCUCGGGCUGAGUGGCCCCCCAUAGCCAAACGCCCUGAGGCUUCAGCCUCACUAUGCCUCAUGGUUAAUCCGGCUCUGGCUGUGCGUCAAAUUAAAACAGAUACUGAGGCGUCAUUUCAGUAAAAAUGCACACUAAAGAAAUGAUCUCCAGUUUAUUAAUUCCAAGGAUCACAAAGACCUGAGUUAUCAGCCUUUAUGUUUGUGUAAUGUGCAAAUGUUAAACUAUGCGGAGCUGGCUGUCUGCGGGCCGAGGCGGACGCGCUAAGUUUCAUGCACUGCGCUUUACCCAAGACACAAAACCGACAAAGGAUUGAUGACCUGAAGAAAAAGAAAAUCCGGGGAAGCGGUGAAAAGUGAUCCUCGUCUUAAAAUAAUUUUUAGAUAGGAAAUAUCAUUUAUUUAAUAAAUAUAGACGCACAAACGAAUAUUUUUUUCGCCUGGCUGUACAUGCAGGAUAGUCUACAAAAAAUCAAUACGGGCAUUUGGUCCACCACAUGUGUAUCUAGAAAUGUACCCCCACUCAAUACAACAACAGAAUAAUAAAAGAAACAAUAAAAUCAUAAAAAGCUUCAAUAUUUGUAGUUCACAGUUUUUAGGCCACAUAUUUUUACGAAGGUAAUGAGCCUUUUUGUAAGGCUACUAUUUAUUGUAUAGACAGCAAAAACACAGUAAAAGAGGGGAAACAGUUUGGAAGUCAAAAAUAGUCAAAGAUGAGCCAUGCUAGAUAAUUCAAGUGAAUAUGGUUUUCAUUUAGUCCAGUUUGUAGAUUAGAUUAGAUUAGAUUAGAUUGAACUUUAUUGAUCCUUUUGAGAAGGUCUCCUUGUGGAGAAAAACAUUUUGAAGACAUCUCUGAGACUUCUCAUCACCUAUUUUUGUGUGGUGGCCUGUAUACCUUUUUUAUUUGAUGUAAUUUAUAUAGCCUGGAAUUACUUCACAUUAGUUUAACUGCAGUAUAUUUUUUGUAUUGCGGUAAAAUGGUGUUAUUUUAAAUCUAUUAUUGUUCACACGCUGGUCUUUACCAUGGUGAUGAAGAUGAUGAUGAUGAUGUUCCUAAAAUUCCAAUUCAGUUCCAAACUAGAGCGCUCAAAUCCGCACGUGAAAACUUUCAUCUGUCGGACGAGAUCGAUUUAUUGGCAACUGUCAACUUCGAACGACGAAAAGAGCUUCAACUAACACUUAGAAGUUACUUUCGGACUGCAGUAUCAAACGACAAGUUAUGGCUUUACUCGCAUCUGGCAGAGAGAAGUUCCUUCUCUCCAUCUGCAUCAUCCGACUGCCCGAUGACUAUGGUAAAACUUGAUAAAAAAAUUUUUUUCUCUGUCUUUUAUGACAUUAAACUCUGGGGAAAGACUUGAAUAAUAUUGAUUUGGAUAUUUAUCCGUUUAAAACAUCGAAUUAUCUCAUAAUUUUUGCAGAAAAAAAGGACAACUUUGAUCAAAUGUUUAAUGUAAUAGGCCUAUUUUUUGACAGAAAUAGAUUCAUGUUUUUUUCGACUUAUACGGUCUUUAAAUAUUGAUAAAUGUAAUGUGCACCGACGGUAAUAGGAGUAACAUGAGUAAAAAUAUGAAUAUUAGUGUUUGAGCAAAAAUUGUUUUUUACUUGGUUGAAAUGUUUUAACAUUGAAAGUAAUGGGCAAAGAUGGCGCCGGUUCCAUUAUCGUUCCAUCGUUUAAAAAAAUGCUAAAAGUUGUAUGUUUCUCCCGCGCCAUGGAGACGACGUCAAAUAUUACACCUAUCGGAGACAUACGUCUGACGUCAGAGCCCGGGCCUGCUGUGAGUGUGAAUGACAGAGUUAUCAUGGCUGGUCAUCUACAUAUGAACAAUUCCUUCAUUACAAAUCAUUAAGCAGCAAAUAAUUCAACUCUGUAAUGAGGGCAGUUCCCGAGGCUUUAACUCACCUAAUGAACAUUUAACUGCGCUAAUGAACAAGAAAUGCCACAACAGACUCAUCGGUAGUAUCUUGUGUGAACGAAAGAGAAUUAAACCUGAGAGGAAAUCUUUCUGAAAUAGCGUUUUCAUUCAUGUUAACUGGGAACAAGCAUACCUUUUACCAUAGAAAUGUUGUAUCACAAAUAAUAUCAAGGAAAUAGCAUUAUAUUAAGGUCACACAACACUUAUCCAAUAGAUUUAUAAAUCUCCAAAAUAUAAGAAAUUGAUGACAAAGAAAUGCACUUUUUCAAUAAUGAAGAAUCCUCAUCACAAUAUUUUUUUCAUUGAACACAAUUGAAGGAUUUUCAGACUCAAAUGUUGGCAUAUUUGUUUAGUAAAACUAAACAUAAUAUUGUUACAAGCUGUUAAAAUGUUAUUAUGGUCACUCUGUAAUGGUUGAAUAUACCAUGUCUAUUGUAUGAUAAAAAAGGAUGACAGAGUUGGCAUGAAAUAGAUGAGCUUGUUGAAUUGAGUGUCAUGAAACUACACAGUCUUAAACUGGACCAUCAUCUCCACAGUCUUUGGUACAUUUAGAUUUUAAAAUGUGUCUUGCACUCGUCAGUAAAGUCAGUUCAAAAGGUUUGAGCAACUUUCAUCAUAUUAAAUGACAGUUAAAACAAAAAUCCAGUCAAACUUUAUUUUCACUGUGAAAGUAGCAUUGACAUCUUUGAAUGUGGUUUCAGUGUUUGGAGAAUAAGUGUUUCAUGUAUUACUGACACUUGAACUUGAUGAACUUGAAUCAUCUUUCAGUAUCAGAGUCUUUGUGUUCUUCUGUCUUCAAUCAUUUGAAUUUUGAAAUCAGAGUCCAGCAGCUACUCUGGCUUAUUUUUCUGGUCUUUAAGAAGUCCUGUCAUUGUCAUCCUGAGCGUUUGUUUCAUGUUUUUCUCUUCUCCUCUUUCUGUCCAGAGUUUCUGCCUGUGCCACGAGGAACCCUUCAGAUGUAUGUCACCAACCUGAGGAAUCGUCCCGUGGAGAGAGUUAGAGUGGUGUCCUUGAAAGAAACCGUGAUGAGCCUGUAUCACAACCUCAUCACAGGCUCUGGGGACUUCCCUGUGAUCCACUUCAGAGGACCCACUUUCUUCAGGCAGGAAUCUGCACCGUUUAGGAGGGAGGAGGACAAGGAGAACUCCAGACACCCCUCACAGGCAGCUCCACCAGGAAUGAUGGUGCCACUGGCAGGUUAUACUUCCCGCACCACCCUGAUGAACCAACCCCUUCCUGAGAGGGUGGAGCUGAGGACUCUGGGUGACCCCUGGACCCGAGUUCAUUCCCUGAUGGUAGACGGGAGGAAGACAAAAAGAGUGAUCUCCACCGUCUUUGAUUCUCAUCAGUCUGUCGUCACCAACCGCUGGAGGAUCACUGACUAUUCAGAAAACGGACAGUGCCUGAUGUCCGUCCUCUGUCGCUUCACAGCUGCGUCCACCCGCUGUGUUGAGAGACCAAAGAAGAGGAAGAGGGGCCAUGAAGAGGAGGACCAGGAUGGGGAGGGCAGCUGCCAGCCUCAGCCAAAGAGAAGACCAAUCAGAGUGUGA